AUCUUCGCCGCCGCUCAACGUUCCCCCCACGCCCCAACCUAUCCACGCGAAACCUUCUUUCCCCCGGGAGACGAUUCGUCAGGGAGAGGAAAGAGGCAAGAGGGGCCAUGGACGCUGCCAAGUUGGUGACGCCGGUCGCUGUGUCUCACAUUCUGGCGCACCCGUCGGCGGGCUCCGACGGCGCAGUGACCGAUCUCGUCGUUCAGGUCCUCGACCUGAAGUCCGUCGGCACGGGCAGCCGGUUCAGUUUCACAGCAACUGACGGGAAGGAUAAGAUCAAGGCGAUGCUUCCCACCAACUUCGGGUCGGAGGUCCGCUCUGGCAACCUGAAGAACCUCGGCCUCAUCCGCAUCAUCGACUACACUUGCAACGUCGUCAAAGGCAAAGAUGACAAAGUCUUGGUUGUCAUCAAAUGCGAGCUUGUGUGCCAAGCGCUUGACGCCGAGAUCAACGGCGAGGCCAAAAAAGAGGAGCCUCCAAUUGUGCUGAAGCCUAAGGACGAAUGCGUGGGCGUGACUCCCCCACUCGCUAUGAAGCCCAAGCAGGAGGUGAAGUCUGCGUCCCAGAUCGUGAAUGAGCAGCGUGGAAAUACUGCUCCUGUCAAGCCCCUUUCCAUGACAAAGAGGGUCCAUCCUUUGAUCACUCUGAACCCCUACCAGGGUAACUGGGUCAUUAAGGUGCGGGUCACGAGCAAAGGCAACCUGAGAACCUACAGGAAUGCUCGCGGAGAAGGCUGUGUCUUCAAUGUAGAGCUCACCGAUGAGGAUGGCACCCAGAUCCAAGCCACCAUGUUUAAUGACGCUGCAAAGAAGUUCUAUCCGAUUUUUGAGCUGGGAAAGGUCUAUUAUGUCUCAAAAGGAUCUCUUAGAAUUGCUAACAAGCAGUUCAAGACUGUCCAAAAUGACUACGAGAUGUCACUAAACGAGAAUGCUAUUGUUGAAGAAGCAGAGGGGGAGACUUGCAUUCCGCAAGUGCAAUACAACCUUGUCAAGAUUGAUCAGCUAGGAUCGUAUGUCGGUGGCAGGGAGCUUGUAGAUAUUGUUGGUGUGGUUCAGAGCGUAUCUCCCACACUCAGUGUUAGGAGAAAGAUUGACAACGAGACAAUACCGAAGCGUGACAUUGUUGUGGCGGAUGACUCUGGCAAAACUGUUAGCAUCUCUCUUUGGAAUGAUCUUGCUACUACGACCGGCCAAGAGCUUUUGAACAUGGCUGACAGUUCGCCUGUUGUUGCGAUAAAGAGCCUAAAAGUGUCUGACUUCCAAGGCGUGUCUCUUUCUACUGUAGGCAAAAGUACUCUUGCGAUUAAUCCUGAUCUACACGAGGCUCAGAAUCUCAAAUCAUGGUAUGACUCUGAAGGCAAAGAUACUUCGCUGGCACCAAUUGGUGCAGAAAUGGGUGCCGCACGGGCCGGUGGCUUCAAGUCCACGUAUUCUGAUAGAGUUUUUCUGUCUCACAUUACUAGUGAUCCUGCCAUGGGCCAGGAAAAGCCUGUUUUCUUCAGUUUGUAUGCCACCAUAAGCCACAUCAAGCCUGACCAGAACAUGUGGUACCGUGCUUGCAAGACCUGCAACAAGAAGGUGACUGAAACUUUUGGAUCUGGAUACUGGUGUGAGGGAUGCCAAAAGAAUGACUCGGAAUGCUCACUGAGAUACAUCAUGGUCAUCAAGGUCUCCGAUCCUACUGGCGAGGCAUGGUUCUCUGUGUUCAACGAGCAUGCAGAGAAGAUCAUUGGCUGCAGCGCCGACGAGCUUGAUCGGAUCAGGAAAGAGGAGGGGGACGACAGUUAUGUUCUGAAGCUCAAGGAAGCCACCUGGGUUCCUCACCUGUUCCGCGUCAGCGUCACACAGCAUGAAUACAAUAACGAGAAAAGGCAGAGAAUCACUGUGAGGAGUGAAGCGCCGGUCGAGCACGCAGCUGAAUCCAAGUACCUGCUUGAACAGAUAGCGAAGCUUACUGCUUGAUAGUAGAAGAUGCAACCUUACUGCAAAUAGCGAGGAUUAUUAGGACUAAUUGAUGGUGUCAGGUCAUUGCGGCCCUAAGCUUUAGCUAUGUAUCAGCAGUCAGAUGUAUUAACCAUUCCCUGCUCUAAUAGUCAUCUAUCAGCAGUCAGAUGUAUUUAACCAUUCCCUGCUUAAUAGCUCUCUACCAGGAGUCGGAAGUUUUUAACCAUUCCCUGCUC